CCUGUUCAAGCUGGUGUUGCAUUAUGGGCGAUGUAGUUUUAAUCUCGAAAUAAACACUCACGGAAAAGGAAGUGGUCACAUGACGAAUAAUGGCUGCUGUUCUGUGGCACUCGCGUGUGCGCAAGUAUGAAGCGGAGCUGAACGCGUGCCGUGCCGAGUCAGUGGCGGUGGACAUCAGUGACUACCAUCCGCUCAAGCCCAUUAUGGUGACAGAGUCCAAGUCUCGGCGUAACGCUCGGAGAGGAAGCACCUCAUCCACCACCUCCUCCUCCUCGUCCUCCUCCACGGCGGCGGCCGACCCGCUCAGCUCCCUCCUGGACGGAACCGACCCGCUGUCUCUGUUUGCCGCCGCCUCCAGUGAUGUCCCGACGCUCACGCACAGCGCCUCCGCAGGGGAGCUGGGGAGGAGGCGCCGUGACCGAGAGGAGGAGGCGGUGGGGUUGGACUUUGAGCCGUGGGCGGCCAAGAGGGUGGAGAUCCUGGCCCGCUUCACCACCACGGAGAAGCUCUCCAUCAAUCUCUUCAUGGGUUCAGAUAAAGGAAAGGCCUCCAGUCCUAGUUCUGCAGUCUCAGAAAAAGUGCGGACUCGUCUGGAGGAGCUAGAUGAUUUAGAAGAGGGCUCCCAGAGGGAGCUGUUGAACCUGUCCCAGCAGGACUAUGUGAACCGCAUUGAUGAGCUGAACCAGUCUCUGAAGGAAGCCUGGGCCUCGGACCAGAAGGUCAAAGCACUGAAGAUCGUCAUCCAGUGCUCCAAGCUUCUGUCAGACACUGCAGUCAUCCAGUUCUACCCCAGCAAGUUUGUGCUAAUCACAGACAUCCUGGACACCUUUGGUCGUCUGGUGUAUGAGAGAAUUUGGACCAUGUGCUCUGACCCAAAUCCACUGCCAGAGGGUUUCUCCCCUGAUGAUGUAAAUGACACCGCCAAAGAGACCUGCCUCAACUGGUUCUUCAAGAUCGCCUCCAUAAGAGAACUCAUUCCCAGACUAUAUGUGGAAGCUGCCAUCCUGAAAUGCAAUCGCUUCCUGUCAAGAUCGGGGAUCCAGGAGACGCUGCCGCGGCUGACCGCCAUGAUCCGGGGGAUAGGCGACCCGCUGGUGGCCGUGUACGCCCGAGCAUACCUCUGCAGGGUGGGUAUGGUGGUAGCCCCUCACCUGAAGGACUGUCUGAAUAAGAACUUCUUUGACCUGCUGGCGACGUUCCGUCAGAUCCACGGCGACAGCGUCCAGAACCAGCUGGGCCUUCAGCGCGUCGAGACCCCCGUCUACCUCACGCUCUACUCCCCCGCCAUACACUGGAUCCUUCAGUGUGUGUCCUACAGGGCACCAGAGGCUCUUCUGACAGAGAUGAUGGAGAGAUGCAAGAACCUCGGAAACAAUGCUCUGCUGUUGAACUCUGUGAUGUGGGCGUUCCGGGCGGAAUUUAUUGCCACGAGGACGACUGACUUCAUCGCCAUGAUCAAACAGUGUGACGAGGCGGGAUUCCCUAAACAUCUGUUGUUCGGGUCCCUGGGGAGGAGUCUGGCGUCUGCCGAUCCAGCGGAGGCGGAGCGUCUGUCCAUCCUGAACGACGCCUGGAAGGUCAUCACCAAGAUCCGCAGCCCGCAGGAUUACAUCAGCUGUGCAGAGAUCUGGGUGGAGUUCACCUGCCGACACUUCACCAAGCGUGAGGUCAACGCCGUGAUGGCCGACAUCAUCAAACACAUGACUCCUGACCGUGCCUUUGAGGACGCAUACCCACAGCUCCAGUCUGUGAUCAAAAAGAUCCUGACAUACUUCCAUGACUUCUCUGUUCUCUUCUCCAUGGAGCGCUUCCUGCCCUUCCUGGACAUGUUUCAGAAGGACAGCGUGAGAGUGGAGGUGUGCAGAUCCAUCAUGGAGGUCUUCAUCAAGCAUCAGCAGGAGCCGACCCGUGACCCCGUCAUCCUUAACGCCUUACUGCACGUGUGCAAGACCAUGCACGACUCUGUCAAUUCUCUGACCUUGGAGGAUGAGAAGAGAUCUCUGGCUCAGCUCAUCAAUGGCUUCAUUCGCUUGGUAUCGUUUGGCCGUGACUUUGAACAGCAGCUGAGUUUCUGUGUGGAGGCGAGGGCCACCUUCUGUAAUCUGGAGCCGGUCAUUAUCCAACUCAUACAUACGGUGAACCAGCUCGCCAUGGAAACGCGCCGUGUGAUGAAGGGGAACCAUUCCCGCAAGACGGCAGCCUUUGUGCGGGCGUGUGCAGCCUACAGCUUCAUCACCAUCCCCUCCCUGACCAGCAUCUUCAGCCGCCUCAACCUCUACCUGCUCUCAGGACAGGUGGCGCUGGCCAACCAGUGUCUUUCCCAGGCGGACGCGUUCCUGAAGGCGGCGGUGAGCGUUUUACCAGAGGUUCCCCGGAACAUCAGCGUGGAGGGCAAACAGCGCUCCUCAGAGGGCCUGCUGCUGGACUUCAUCAACAACUUCAUGGCCACACUCCUGGUUGUACCGGACCACCCUGAGCAGGGUGUGUUGUAUCUGGUGCGCGGCCUGUUGAACAUGGUGCAGGACUACACCUGGGAGGAGAACAGCAACGCCAAGGUCAAAGUGUACCUCAGUGCCAUCCCCCUAUUGGCUGCUAUGAGUCAGGAGUCUUACCUGUACACUAUACCUAAAGUGGACUCCAAUGAGACUCUAUACGGAGGAGACCCCAAGUUCAUGGCCGAGAUCAACAAGCUGUGUGACACUCUGAUUGGUCAGGUGCUGGAUCACCUCCAAGCCCUUGGCAACGGAGAGGUCUUGCGUAAGCAGAGUACUCUAGCCUUCAGUGUGUUUAAUGCACUUCUGGCCCACGGCGAUCUGCGCAACAACAAACUCAAUCAGCUGGCAGUCAAACUAUGGAACCUCAGUCACAAACAUGGUCACUGUGAUACACGCGCGUCGGUGCGGACCCUGGAGCAUAUCAAACACUUGGCCCAGCAGCCUGAGCUCAGCCACCUGUCAGAGACCAUCCCCCGCCUCUCUCUGCAGUCACGAGCAUGAAGGAGGACAACACACUCUCUCACACACACACACACACACACACACUCUCUUACACACACACACACUCACUCUUACACACACACUC